AUGGUGGUUGCAAUCACGAAGUACUUUGGCUGGACACUGGACCAACUGGACGUGGUGACAGCUUUCCUUUACGGAGAAAUGAAGGAAAAGGUAUUCUGCUCGAUCCCAGAAGGAGUCGAAGUUGAUGAAGACUUUGACUGCUUUGAACUGGUCAAGGCGAUCUACGGACUAAAACAAGCAUCGCGCUUAUGGAACGAGACUUUUCAUGAGUUCGUCUGCUCCAUUGGAUUUCAAGUCUUCGAUUUUGACCCGUGUCUUUAUCUCAAGAUUACAAGUGGCGAGUGCGUGCUUUUGCUGGUAUACGUCGAUGAUGUGUUGGUGACUGGCAGAUCAACCGAACUGAUUAUGCGCACCAAGAGUGACUUAAAGGCGCGUUUCGAAAUGACCGACAGUGGGAAGUGCGCAUUCGUGUUGGGCAUCGAGCUGGUGGACAACGACAACGGUAGCGUGACGAUGUGCCAGCGACGCUACGUGGAAGAUGUUCUCAAGCGUUUUGGCACGAGCGACUGCAAAGCCGUAAUCAGCCCAACAGACAUCAGUUCUCGAAUCACACCAAGCACCGCAGCAACCAAAAUCCAUGCCCCGUUUCGUGAAGCAUUACGUUUCGCGCUUCAUGGAGAACCCCCAAGUCGAGCUUUGGAUGGCGGUCAAGCGUAUUUGCGAUACUUACAAGGGACUAAGUCGCAAGGUAUCUGUUCCAAGCCUGAUGACAAGAUAGACUUCUGUGGCUACUCGGAUGCAGACUGGGCCGGCGACCAUGCAGACCGCAAGUCGACUUCAGGAUAUGCGUUUAUCCUGAUGGGUGCUCCGGUGAGCUGGGGAAGCAAAAAGCAGUCAAGUGUGUCGCUGUCAACAAGUGAAGCUGAGUACAUUGCACUAAGUCUGGCGAUUCAAGAAGGCAAGUGGGUGCAUCGAUUGCUGUGCGAGAUUCUGGAUGCCGCAGAGGGAAAUUCUGGACCCGAGCUCAAGAACAUGGACGACAACCAGUCGUGCAUCAAGAUGACGAAGAAUCCUGUGAACCAUGGUCGGGCCAAGCACAUCGACAUCAAGUACCAUCACAUUCGUGAUGAAGUCAAGCGUGGUGAUGUCAAGUUGGAGUACUGUGAGACUACGACUAUGUUGGCGGACAUCAUGACGAAGGGACUGCCAGGACCGCGUCACAAGGACUUGACGGCAGCGCUCGGCAUACACGCGUGUUCGCAUUGA